CGACCCACAAUUGCACCACUUUCAAGCCUCAUCGCUUCUUCUUACGCUAAAUAUCCGCCAUGGCUGCCGAGAAGAAGCCAAAAGUCCUCAACGUUGAGCCGUUAAACUACAAGGACGCGAAAUGGGCGACGCUGGUAAAAACCACGUACACGGACCCCGAGGGCGUGCAACGAGACUGGGAGUCCGCAGAGCGCCUCACCCGCCCCAAGGGCUCUGACAUCGACGGUGUCGGGGUUGUAGCUAUCCUGCAAGAUCCUGCGAAGCCUCAAGACCCUCCGCGGAUUCUUCUCCAGAAGCAAUGGCGCCCGCCCGUCAACGCCACGGUGAUCGAGGUUCCCGCCGGAUUGAUCGACCCCAAGGAGUCACCCGAGGUAUGUGCGGUACGAGAGCUCAAGGAGGAGACGGGAUAUGUUGGCGAGGUUGUCAAUGACGGCUUUGGUGUAAGCCCGGUGAUGUUCAAUGAUCCCGGUUUUUGCAAUACCAAUCUCCGCAUGAUCCAUGUUACCGUCGACCUUUCUCUCCCUGAGAACCAAAACCCAAAGCCCGAACUCGAAGACAACGAAUUCAUCGAGACCUUCUCCGUGUCCUUCAAAGACCUAUGGGAUGAGUGCAGGAAGCUGGAGCAAGAGGGCUAUGCAAUAGAUGCGAGGGUGGGCACGCUUGCCGAGGGUGUUGAAUGCGCCAAGCGGUGGAAAUUGUGGUGAGGAGGAAGAAUACACCCGCACAGUGAGAUGAGCCAACGCGUUGAGCAGCGUCCCACGGCGGAUC